AUGGCAUCGACGUCAAGCUGUUCAUCGUCCACCAGGGAAACGACGGAUUCGCAGGAGGAGAACGACUCGAAGAAAACUGCGAAACAACUCGAGCUGUGUCCUUUCAAAUUAUUAUGGUCGUUUGGAAUGAACCCAGAAGUACCUCUGAUCAAUUUGACUACGAAAAAUCGAACGAUUAUCGCGUAUGCCUGCUCGCACGCUGUAAUGCUUUACAACUACGAAACGAGAAGGGCCAUCCCGCUUCAAGGCCAUGAACACGCGGUGAAAACGCUUUCGACCUCGAACGACGGGAAAUGGUUGUUAUCCGCGGAUUUUGAAAACGAUCACGCGAUCGUCGUUUGGGACACCGAAACUGGAUCGAUAGUCGUAGCAACCAUGGAGGGCGGAGUUAUCUUUUACGACCUUCAAUUAAAACUCGUCUAUUGGGUUCGCAACUUUGGUGUCGACUCUAUACGAUCGGUUAGCUUUAACUUUACAUCCAAUUUAUUGGGUCCUCGGGCUACCGUUAGAACCCCCGACGACGUCUCGGACGACACGGGUGAAGAAGAAGAGGAAGAGGAAGAGGAAGAGGAAGAAAAAGAAGAAGAAGAUCAUCGUGUAGAUACGACAAUCUGUAAAGAGAAACUCGAAUAUUUAAAAAUGACAGAAGUUGGGAUGGUAUCGUACGACGAUGAUUCAUCGUCCACGAUAACUGUAAACUUGGAACACAUGCAGAGAGAUUACGAGGGGAAGCAAGGACCAUUUGUUCAACCUCGUCGCGUUGCACUGGAUGCCACUUUUGAAAGCGCGCCUUUCCAUACCGACCCAUUUUUCAUCGGUUCUGCUACCGGCGCGAUCGCGUUGAUCGAUAUUCCGACGUCCAAGUGCCAUUUUUUCUUGCACGACGUAGGCUUGUCCGUUACCAGCUUGGACGCGCAUCCUCGAAGCCAUUACGUAGCCACAGGAAAUGCACAGGGUAUAUUGUGCUUGUACGAAUACGAGAAACGCAAGUUGAUCGUACGCAGAACCGUCCCUCCGCUGCCAGAUUUUCAGUACAUCGUCGAGAGGCAAGUGAAAACUAGCAACAUCACGUACGUUACAUGCCCGCAAACCAGGGAUAAGUCGAUCGCUGUUUCCGUGCUCAAGUAUUCGCCGUUAGGGGACCAGCUCGUUUGCGGUCUCGACAAUGGAACGCUAUGGAUUCUACACCCGAUCACGUUGGAACCGAUUCACGACGUGCCGUACAAGCAUUCCUGGGAAUCUAUAAUUAAGCUAGCUUUCACGGAGUGCGCGGAAUAUAUGGCGUAUUCUGACAACGAAUUGGUAGUGGCAAUAUUUAAGAGAAAUUUGGAUAUACUCUUAGGAGAUCAUCCAUGGGCUUUCCUUGGAAAGUAUCGUGCUCACCGGGCAACCAUAACGGACAUACGGUUUGGACCAGCUACCUCCAAUACCGUUACACCUCGAUUUUUCUCCUUGGGCGAAGAUAGGAGAUUGGUCGAAUACGACCUGAAAAAUAGAUAGAGAUUCUAAUGAACGAGAUCUCCUACAGAACCUACGCGGAAAAUGGCGAAAUAACCGAGGAAAUAACGUUCGACGAAUUCGUCAAGUAUUACAUAAACCAUCGUCCCGCCUUCGGAAUUUCUUUGCGCCAGUUGCAAGAUGCUUUCCAAACGUUCGCCGAUCCUGGUAGACGUCCAUCUUCGGGGACGGAGAACCCGGUUCUGACGCGCGAUCAAUUUCUGAACGUUUUGCUGGGAAAAGGUCCCGUGGACCAGCCACCGUACAGGAGCAAGGGUUUCGGGGAACCGUUUACGCCGCAAGAAGCUUACGCGUAUCCGAAGCUUCUUCUCGGUUGCGGCGACAACGACGACGAUCGAGACAAAGAGAAACGAAAUCUACGACGGAAGCGACAUUUUUUGCCAGAGAGGAUAUCUUACAAAGAGUUUAUCACGGACAUCAUGGGUAUCGAGUUGUCGGAGGAAACGAGGGCUGACGAUGAAUAAUUAAUCUGCGUCGUUAUUCGCAUUGCUGGCAUGUUAACGUCAAUUACAAUUACCACUAUUAUUACCAAUAUUAUUAUCAUAACCAUGUACUGCGAAUUCUAUUAAACAUGUACGAACACUAA